ACACAAGACGAUUACUGGACUCAGGUGUCCACGUCCAUGAUUGACAAGGUCAUCGAUACCACCACCAAGGAGAACAACCGUUAUCAGAUCCUCGAAGAGCUCGGACGCGGCUCCUACGGCUGUCUCUUCCUGGGCCAGUCGCUCCUCGACAACGCGUACGUCGCCAUCAAGGUCCUGUGCAAGACCGGCCUGGAUCACCAACAGCUCGAGCUCCAGCAACUCGAGAUUGAUAUCCAACAGACGCUCAAGCACACACAUUUGUUGACACUGCACGGCACUGUGCAGGACAAGGACUACAUCUACAUGGUCAUGGAACUCUGCGAUCAAGGGGACCUGUUUGACUUUGUCGUGCGUAGCAAGAACAACAGACAAGAAGACCUCGUCGUCCACACCUUUUCGCAGAUCCUCGAAGCCGUCGACUACAUGCACUCCCGCUCAGUCUACCAUCGCGACAUUAAGCUGGAAAACAUCUUGCUCAAGACAUCCGACUUGGACGAAUCGCUCGUUGAAUGCAAAGUCGCUGACUUUGGCUUGGCUACACGGGAACGCUUCAACAUGGAGUUUGGCUGCGGAUCCACGUCUUAUCUCGCGCCCGAACACUUUGACGACGAAGAAAACAACGAUGCCAUGGAUCUCACGAUCAUCAACAACGGCGGCAACAACCACUAUGAUUGCGAAGAGCAGUUGUUGGCGUAUGAUGCUGCUGCCUCUGAUAUCUGGAGCCUGGGCAUCUUGCUGCUCGCCCUUUUGUUUGGUCGAAAUCCGUGGGAGGAAGCCACCACCAUGGACGUCGCCUAUCGUGAGUUCAAACGCGACCCAACUGUAUUGAAGCACCAGCUGUUCCCCACGCUUUCCACCGGCUGCUAUCGUCUGCUCAAAUCCGUCCUGUCACCCAACCCGGCCAACCGACCCAGCAUCACCGAAAUGAAGCACCAGUUCCAGGCUCUGGAUCGACUGCUCGUCGACGAGCACUGCGAGGAAGAUACUGCCGCCACGUCCAUCCAAGACAACGACGACGAUUACUAUUGCUGGCCAGUUAGCUUCGACUCGGCUAUCUUUAGUGGUACUUAUCGUGCUGGUUCCGGGGAAUCCUGGUCGGAUAUGGUUGAAGAGGAACAAGACGAG